AUGUCCUUGCACCAUGUUGAUCCCGAAGAAGAGAUCAUCACGGAAAUUCAAACCGAAAAUUUAAAUCGUGCCUCUUCAUCUCAUGAUAGAAAAUUGAGGAGAGAACUUGGGAGCCAAGUGCAUCCACAACAACCAAAACCUAUGGGCCGUCAACAAAUACCUCCUACCACCAUUCCGUUCUCUGUACAGCAAGAAAUUGGAUGGAUUGAUACUCCGUUGGAUCAUGAUGACAAUGAACAACAACGACAACAACGGCCCACUCAUUUGUUAUCAUCUACCGCUGUAAAUAAUCCCUACGCCAUUCCAUUUACUUCAAAUCAUUUAAUUCCUUCGCGAAAUAGAAACAGUCCUAAAAGUAGUGCUACUGUUGCUAGCGGAACUAUUGGUAAUCAUCAAGAAGUACGUGAUGAUUUUCAAGUAUAUCCAACAUCAUCAUUGAGAAAUAUAAAAUCAACCUCACUACUUGCAUCUGUGAGACAGCAACAACUCGGUGAAAAUAUUUUUCAACAAUAUGAAGAGGAUGACAAACUUCAAGUGACACAGCAGGCCCCGAUUAACAAGUUGAGCGUUAAUUUGUUGGUCCAAAUAUUUUCAUUUCUUUGUGACCAGUUAGAGGAAAAGGAAGAGGAUACCUCUUCAACUCGAGACCUCUAUGGUGACAAUGACGACGAUGAUGAAAUUGAACUUGAGGAUACGCAAACAUCCAUCGAGACAGCCAAGAAUACCAUGUUAAAUACCUCUCAUUCGUUAGAGGAAUUAUCAAUUGAUGGUAACAGAUCUUCUUCUGAAAAAAUUCGUAUCAGUUCACCAAAAAAGACUCUCAACAAGAGGGAGUCUGCUAAAUAUUAUUCAGAAUUUGGAAUUGAGGACGAGGAUGAAGAAUUAACGACCGAGUGGAUCAGCUCUGGUCUACUGAGCUCAAAGAAAUCAGGUGGUGACGAAAAUGUCACUCCUUUACAAGGUAGUGUGAACACAAUAAGACGGAGCAUUUCAGUUCCGUCUAUAUCACUGCUGAUGUCGAAAAACUUUACCGAAAAUAAUCUAGAAGGUAGAAGUAAGGAUGACAGUUCCCUUACCCAAAAAUCAUCGUCGACUGGCGUGACCUCUCACUCCGAUAAAAAGCCAGAAAAACUUGUGACAUGGAAAAACUUGAAAAAACAAAAUGCUAAAGAACAAGCCAAGCUUAAGAAUCGCUGUGAAAAAUUUAUGAUUUCUCAUGCCAAAAAGAGACAUACUUGGAUUCAUUAUGGAAAUGCAAAUAUAAGUCUGGUGUGUAAAAGGUGGUAUAUUGCGUCUUGCCACAAUAAUGUAUGGUCUCUUGCAUGUGUCAUGUUAUACCUUCACUUGACGCGAUUUUCAAUUACUUUUCGAAGUUAUGAUACUGAUGUGUUACAACGCAUGCUCUCAACAUAUUAUUCAAAACCAAAGCGAAUCGAGGAGACUCGUAAAAAAUUGCAAGUUCUAUGUGACUAUCUACUGCCCUCCAAGAGCGUCUUUAUGGACACAGUCAUUCAUGUCAAUAGUAAGCAAUUCAGUACGGAACAUUUAAAUGCGUUUAGCGCCAAGCUGACUCAGGAAUUAUCAAAACGAGCAAGUGUUGUGAGAGAUACAGUACAAGCACUCGACAAGCGAAUUACCGAUACAGCCAACACAUGGACAGAGAAAUUGGAACACCACAUUUCUCAAAACAAAAUUUCAAAUACUCUACUAGGGCAUGACAUUCAGUCGGCAUCAUCUCCCACCCAACACCAAGGUGGAGUGACUUUGGAAGAAGUAUCAUUGGAGACGGCUCUCCCAACAACGGAUAAAAAAGCAAUGGAUAAUGAAAACAUUCUUGUGAUGAAUCAUCAUGAAGAACAACAAGCCAAGACAUCUGAAAAAACUUUAGAGUCCAUGAAUGGUAAUUUGUUAGAUCAUGAUCAAAAGAUUAAUUGCCACGACGAAAGUCAUGCCACUGAAGAAAAAGUUCCCACUCAAUCACCUCAACAGCGCAGUAAUACUCCCAAAGGGGAUGAUGACUUUGAGGUCAUUCCUUCACCAACCGACAUUGGUGAUGAAAUUAUCGAGAAUCAUAGAAAGCGUCGUACGCUAUCCAAACGAUUUUCCACAAGACACUCUAAAAUCAAUUUCAAAAACAUUAUUGAUGACGAUGGAAUGGAUGAUACCAUACUUGAUCAAACAGCUGACCUUUUGUCUUCACAACAAAAUACGAAACUCUCAAAAAGAAAAUCCUCAGCCUCCAAUCAGCAGCAAGCACUGCAAGAUGAAGACCUGUCAAAUUUAAAUCUUUAUUCAAAUCGGUAUCGAUUUUUUAAGGACACAUUUAUUGAGAUGAAAAAGAUUCAACAAUUUGAGUUUGAGAGAUUAAUGAAACUUAAUUACCACAGCAAGAAUCCUCCCGAAAUGAAACAGAGAAUCUCAUUUCUUCUGAAAAAUGCAUUUCCAGAAAUGUUGGGUGCAAUGGUAAUCAUCCUAUUCCUCUUCUCAUAUUUAGGAAUUAUUAUUGCCAUGCUUGUUGCUCCAUCCUUGUACUGGCCAACCUUUUUAUUUUGGAUGUGGUCAAUUGUGUAUUGCCUAGUUUGGACAAUUGUUUGGGUUACUAGUUUCAUUCUUUAUGGAAAAAUACAAAUCAGACUCAAUCCACAACGAGAGACGACACCUUCCGAAGAUCAAAUGACAGAGAGUUUAAUCAUUGACGAAGGCCGACAAGGAAUUGGAGAGUUGAAAGAGCUUUUUCUAUGGAUCAAGAGUUGGGUGACGUCACGAUCUCCUCCAAGAGAGUUAGCAGAGGAGCAUACCAUUGUUGGACACAAGUUUGAUGCUUCCGAUGAAGGCUGGUUCUAUUUGAGACGUCUACAAAUGAAACUUGCCGAUCAUGCAGCAUACUACCAUCUUAUUGGGUCUAUUUUUGUCGUACCGGUCCUUAUUAUUUUACUGCUCUAUUUCUUAAUGAUUUACUUUGAAGUUUCUGGAUGGCUUGGUAUUUUCUCCAUUCCAUGCUUUAUUUAUUUUGUUGCGAGUAUUAUAUCCUUGUUACUCUUUUUAAUUGCAGUUUGGGAUAGUAUUGUUUUUCUCACGAAAAAGUACAUUUUUUAUGACUUGACGGAGACUGUGAAACGACAAUUGAGAGUUAUAUCUUUAAGAAAUUGGCCAUUUAUGCUUGCUUAUGGAGCAGCCAUGAGCUUUUUACUGUUUUGGUUUUUAAUUGGGUUUGCUUCCUUUUUAGAUGCACACGAUAAACUCUUUGUCGAUGAAAACAACGACAGCGACAACAAUAUUCAAAGUGUCAUUCCUAACCUGGCUGUCAUGCAAUCUCAACCACCACCUCCACCUUCCUCCAGAUUCACCAAUUUUUCUGGAAUUGGCUACACCUUCAUUCCUUUGUAUUUGGCUGAAAUUUUGACAGUCAUCAUUUAUUUCUGUGGACUUAUUUUCAAAAGCUCCUAUUACAAGUAUUGGUUUUUGAGAGGUGCUCUCUUGAGUGUAUCCUGUUGCAUUGCCCAAAUUUUAAUAUCCGUGCUUGCAAAUACUGAGCUUGGAAUUUUAUGUAUUCUCACCAUUGUCAUUCCAGUUUUUGUGAGUUUUAUCAUGAUCGUUGUACCCCAAUUGAGAUACAUGAAAUUAGUGAACUCUCGUUUUGCCUACUCACUCAAUUAA